AACUCAAUAUGGCUUCCCAUCGUAUCUCAGUAAAACUUUGCCAGUUAUCAAGGACUUGUUCUUCUAAGUUGCUACAAUCAAAAUGUAUACCUAGUCAAAAACGUUUUGCAAGAUGCAUGAACUCAGUCAUACAAGACACAAAGAAAUCAGGACCCGGUGGACCUGAUGCAGUCUUAACAGAUGCGCUGAAGCCACCGGCAAGUUCUGUAACUGAUGAAGAUCGACCACAUUUCCCUGGAUCUAGAUCCAGUUGGACUGAGAAGCUGGAGUUUGUUGAGCCGACCCUUUACGAUGGAGUUCCUGUUUAUAGAGUUCUGAAUAGGGAAGGUGGCAUUUUAGAUUCUACCCAGGAUCCGAAUUUGUCAGAGGAGACAGUGCUUAAAAUGUACCACUCCAUGACACUGCUCAAUACGAUGGAUCGAGUGCUGUAUGACUCCCAAAGACAGGGAAGAAUAUCAUUUUACAUGACUAACUAUGGAGAGGAGGGUACCCAUAUAGGAUCAGCAGCAGCACUUGAUCUGAAGGAUCUUGUCUUUGGACAGUACAGAGAGGCAGGCAUUCUCAUGUGGCGUGAAUUCCCAAUGGAGCAGUUCAUGAACCAAUGCUACGGCAACAGCGCAGAUUGGGGCAAGGGUCGACAGAUGCCAGUACACUAUGGGUCCACCGAACAUCAUUUUGUAACUAUCAGCUCACCAUUGGCGACACAGAUGCCACAAGCUGUUGGUGCAGCGUAUGCUUACAAGCGAGCAAGGAACGGUCAGUGCGUUAUCACAUACUUCGGUGAUGGUGCAUCCAGCGAGGGAGACGCUCACGCGGCAUUCAAUUUUGCUGCGACCCUUGAUUGCCCAGUUAUCUUCUUUUGCAGAAACAAUGGCUAUGCAAUCUCAACACCAACCUCAGAGCAAUACAGAGGUGAUGGAAUCGCAUGCCGAGGUCCUGGUUAUGGUAUGCGAGCCAUCAGAGUCGAUGGCAAUGACGUAUUUGCAGUUUACAACGUCACUAAGGCAGCCAGAGAGAUGUGUCUGGCUGAGAUGAGACCAGUGCUUAUUGAAGCAAUGACAUACAGAAUCGGUCAUCACAGCACAUCCGACGAUAGCUCUGCAUACCGGUCAGUCGAUGAGGUGCGCUACUGGGACAAGCACGAUCACCCCAUCGGACGACUUCGCAAGUACAUGGUAAAGAGAGGCUGGUGGGAUGACAAGAAGGAACAGGCAUGGAUGAAGGAAUCAAAACAGAUGAUCCUAACGGCAUUCGCACAAGCUGAAAAACUGAAGAAGCCACCGAUCACAGAAUCCUUUAAGGAUGUCUAUGCUGAGAUGCCUCCACACAUACGGCGCCAGAUGAACGAGGUGAAGCAACACAUAGCCAAGUACAAAGACCAUUAUCCUAUCGAGAAUUUCGAGGAAUGGAAAGAAUGAGAAAAGGGAGCGAAAUAAAGAUCUGAAGGAGAAAGAUUGUAUGGACAGGCAUAUUGGUGCAGGCAGUGGGCAGCCAAAUACUAGUAGUUAUGUAAAGUUCCGAUCGUUGUCUGAUUAGUGUAAAAAAGAGAAAGCUAUUCGAUCAUAAGACGCAGACUUUUUCAAACUGAUGAUAAGAGCAAGGAGAGUCAAUAAAAAGAAUUUACUGAUAUACUGCAUGAACAGAGUAGAGAGAAGCCAAGCGUGUAGGUAGUGAGUAUGUACGCCGAUCUAGUGUCUACUCGAUAUAUACCGUUGAUAGAGGCAGCUGGGUUGCAGGUGAAGAAGAUGAACAAUACAGUGGAUUGGAAAUGGGCUCGAAUCAGUACACUCAAAGCUCAGUCACAAUUUUUUUUUCACUUAUUGCAUAAUCACUAUUUUUCAAUUUACUAUUUGGCAGUGAUUGUUUUAAAGGAAGGACGAAUCUGACGCGAAUGUGCCUUUGUCUAUAUCAUACGGGUUAUUGCACAUAUUGAGUGUGAUGAUAGUUUUAAACACAGGCAGUAACAUCAGGCUGCCAGAAGGUAAAGUUGCACCUGUUCUGAAAUCAUACAUGCAGGAUUUGUAAACAAGUAAUCAUUAUAGGUUUGCCUAACAUGUAUUAUUUGUAGUAAUAAUCAUGCUGUAGCAUUAUUACUUUGUUAUAGUGGUGGCUGAUUAAUGCUUUUGAUUGUAAUAUAGAGCAUUAGUUUAUUAAUAAAUUGCAGCAAUGCUCAGACAUCUAAGA